AUGAUACACGACAGCCAGGCAGCAAAGACCCCUCAUUGCUUCAUCCAGAAAUCCACUCUGGUGGUCCAUGAGCAGCUUCAUGCUGGGGAGAAGCCCUACAUCUGCUUGGAACAUGGGAAGAGCUUCAGCCACACCUCCCACCUCUUCAUCCACUACCAAGUACACAUGGGGAAAUGGCCCUGCAAGUGCUUGGGAUGUGGGAAGAGCUUCAACUGCAGCUCCCAGCUCAUCCCCCACAUGCGCCAGGACAUGUGGGAAUGGCCCUACAAGUGUGGGGAAUGUGGGAAGAGCUUCAGCCUGAGCUCAGUCAUAGUCCAGCACCAGAAGAUCCUCUUGGGAGAACGACCCUACAAAUGCUUCAAGUGUGGGAAGAGCUUCUGCCAUAGAUCCAGCCUGAUCAGCCACAAGAAGACCCACAGUGAGGAAUGGCCCUACGAGUGUCCCAAGUGUGGGAGGGUUCGGACCAGGUCAAAUCUCCUCCUGCAUCAGCAAACACGCACAGAGGAGAGGCCCUUCUGCUGCUCUGACUGCAGGAAGGGCUUCAAGCACAACUCCACCCUCACCACCCACUGGCACACCGGGGAGAGGCCCUACAAGUGUCCUGAAUGUGGGAAGGGCUUCUAUCAGAGCUCUGUGCUGCUCCAACUCCAUCCCCCAUGGGAGGAUCUGCACUGGAUGAUCCCCAGUGACCCCAGUUGGGCAGAGCCCUGGUGACCCCUAUUCUGGGUGAACUCUUUUGAGAAGACACGUGGCUGUUGGUCUCCACAUCCUCCUGUUCCCUGUGGGCACCUGAGUGAAGGCAGGGGCAGGAACAUCCAUUGGGACUCAGAAUGACAUCAGGAAUUCAUUGGGGAGAGUGGAUUUGUUGACUUUCAACCCUAAAAGUCUCAGCUCUUCCGUCCAAUCCUUUUUUCCUGUGGCAUCAAGCAAUGUUGGAUGGUCUAUGAAGUCCUUUCCAGCCUCAGUGGUUCCAUUAUUCUGAUUUUCUAUGGCCCACAGAUGUCUUCCACAGCCAAAUGGUGAUGGAUUUGGGCAAAGAACAAGAUUUGGGAUGGAAACCCCUCCAGCAAAGGCUCUUCCCUGCACUGAACCCAACCCUACAGAUGCUCUUAUGAUGCUGACAAGUAAUUCCUUUUUUUGAGCUU